GUGCCACACAUAGAAACACAACACACUUGCUUCUAAGUUAUACCCUAUACCCACACUCACUCCCCGACUGCAUGAUUCAGUCUUCCAUACUUGAUUGAUUUCUCUCUCCUAUAACACACCCACUGGGUGCUCACCUCUUUAUAAUUAUUAAUUAUAACUCUCAUAUUCUUUUACUUCUGAACUAUAUAUAUCCCUCCAUUUGCAUUAACGACAACGUGGACUGCAGGUGCUGACUGGUAUUUCGACAUCUUAUUAGCUCACAAAGCUACCAGACAACACCUCCUUCUCAUUUCUCCCCCACCCCACUCCGUACCAUUCAGCUCUUUCUUCCAAGCCUCCCCUCCCUCCCUUACAUUUUUUUUCUAACGUUUUAUUAUUGCAAUUCUUCCCACUCAGUGUACUUCCCCUGCUUUAAAUCUCCAACCCACACCAUCUUCUUUCUCUCUCACUCUCACAGUCCCCUUUAUUAAUUCAUUCUUCCCUCACGCCCUCAAUCCUCCACACCAUCAACAAACGAACCGUUUUCGCUAUUGAUCAACAUCGAUAAAAGAAGAUAAAAGCAUGCAUCGCUGUUGCAGUGGCUCCCAGGGGCACGUGAUGGGACCCUGCACAUGUGGUAUGUUUCACAGCCAAACCAGCUCCUUCUCCGUGCUCUUCUCCAUGCCCAACCACAAACCACCCUACGACCAUUCCGACAACAUCUAUGACUAUUCUUCCUUCACUCCCUCUUCCUCUUCCGUUGACUGCACCCUCUCCCUCGGUACCCCUUCCACCCGCUUCUCCGAAGACGAAGAAAAGCGAAGCUGCCACGAACCCCGCUCCGUCUCGAACUUCUGCUGGGACUUACUACAAUCUAAACACAACCACCCUCAAUCCCAUUCCAAAUCCUCCCGAACCACCAACACCACCGACCCUCUCCUCGCUCGCCGCUGCGCCAAUUGUGACACCACUUCUACUCCCCUCUGGAGAAAUGGCCCCCGUGGCCCCAAGUCACUAUGCAAUGCGUGUGGGAUUAGAUACAAGAAGGAAGAGCGAAGAGCGAGUGCGGCCGCCGCCACGCCGCCGGCUGCGGCGGCUUCCGGCGGCAUGAUGGAUUCGGCGCAGGUGUACAAUAACUCAUGGUACGCACACCAGCAGAGUCAGAAGAUGCAGUGUUUCUCGCCGGGGAUGGGGAGCGAGUUCCGUUUCGUGGAUGACGGCGAUCGAGACGCCGCUGAUAACGGCAUUCAGUUUCUCUCGUGGAGACUCGACGUCACAGACAGGACGAGCCUCGUUCACGACUUCACGAGAUGAACGAACGUUGAGAAACAAAAAAAAGCAUAUAAUGAUAAAAUAAUGAGUGAUGACACAAGAUUACAAAAGGAGCUAGCUAGCGUAGUUACCUGGACGAUCAAGACCAACAAGCACACACAGGCAGUUAUACGUCAACGUUUUACGAUGAUGUUUUUGAUUGCGAUGGUUAUGUUAUGAUGGUCUCGUCGAUAUUAUGUUUCUUUUUUCUUUUUUUCACUUUUUAGCUUUUCCUUUUUGUUUGCUUCCUUCUCUUCCCUCUCCCUCUUGCAUAAGAUGGUAUGAGAAUGGGAUAAUUCUAUAUUCUAGCUUGCUUUUUCUUUAACUUUCUCUUUCAGUUACAUAUAUAAACCUACUUUUUUGUUGCCUCA